UCCACACUGCAGCAUGUGUAUGACGAAUACAGGGGACCUCCUCUCUACAUAAACGGUACAUAGUGUCUCUACGGUUGCACGAAUGGGAAUAUUUCUGCUUGUUGGAAAAACGAAUCCGCCUGUUGGGAUAGCGAGGAGAAGCGACCGGUCUGGGGGUGGACUGGAGCGCGCCUUGCGACCGGCAGGGGGAGAAUUGUCUGGCGUGGGGUCGGGGGGGAUUGUGAUUCUGGGACGGGGUCAACUUUUGGGAUGUUUUCUUUUUCUUUAUUCCUUAUUCCUCCUAUUUUUUUUUUUCUUUUUUUCUUUUUUUGCUGCGAUUUCAAAUUCUUCUUCACUGUGUAUGUGUAACUAGGACUAUGGGAGUUGUUGAUCAACCGAUAUUGAAUGAAUCGA